UAGAAAUGUGCUGCGAAGGAAAGAAUGGGAAAGGAGAAAUCAGGAGGCCCAGCAGGAGGAUGGCACGUUUAACACGAGCUAUUCCCUCUUCAGUGAACCAUACAAGACUAACAAGGGGGAUGAGCUUUCCAAUCGCAUCCAGAAUACGUUGGGCAACUAUGAUGAAAUGAAAGACUUGUUAACUGACCGAUCAAACCAGAGCCAUCUCGUUGGGGUUCCAAAAUCUGGGGUUCCUCAGAUGACUCUCCCCAAGCCUGAUGAACAUUUUAUUGCAGACUCAAGACUGCCACCUCCUCCUCCCAUUUCCACCACUACUUCUUCCAAACCAGCAUCCUUAGCUGCCCAGCAGAGCAAAAGUACCACGAUGGGCUGGCAGAAGACUGGGCAUAAUGCCACUUCAGAUGGCCAGCAGAGAGUGAGCAAACACGGACACCGGUCGCUGGAGUCACACAAGGGUGACUUCAAGUUGGCGAACCAAAAAUCCAGUCUGGAGAAACUAAAACGCUAUGCAUCGAGUCCCACCUCUUCCUCCUCCUCCUCCUCCUCCUCCUCCUCCUCCUCCUCCUCGUGUUCCUCCUCCUCCUCCUCGUGUUCCUCCUCCUCCUCCUCUUCCUCCUCCUCCAAUACUGCCCAGCAAAGCUCACUGAGGGCCACUUUAGGAGACAACAUCACUAGAGUGCAGCAGCCAGCAAAGCUCAGUUGUAGCUCGGAAGGAGGAACUCAAGCACAAGAGAGGCCAGCAAAGCAUGGUGGUGGGCACUGCGUCCAAAACUUCCCACCCUCUCUUGCUUCGAAGCCCAGCCUGGGUCAGCAGAAACCAACAGCUUAUGUAAGGCCAAUGGAUGGUCAAGACCAGGCUCCUGAUGAGUCUCCAAAGAUGAAGUUACCAGCAGAGACGACCAAAUCAUACAGGGGAGUGCCUUCCAACAAGCCUGAUUCGGCCAGGCCCAAGUCAAAGAUAGCCAAGUUCAGCAUUCCUAAGCAAGAAGAAGACAAUGGAACAGGAGAUAACAGCUGCAUUGAAGAAAUAUUACGGGAGAUGACCCAUUCAUGGCCUCCACCACUGUCAGCUAUUCACACACCAGGAAAGGCAGAGCAAAGCAAGUUUCCCUUCCCAAAUAAGGAGUCACAACAGGGAUCUACAGGACACAGCAAUACAAGAAAAACUGAUGUAGAGCCAAAGAGCCCAGAGAAAAGCGCAACCCAUACAUCAAUGCUAGAAGAUGACCUCAAGUUAAGCAGUGAUGAAGAAGAGAAUGACCAGCAGGCAGCACAGAGAUCUGCUCUCCGCGUUCUAUCUGACAGCCUGGUGGUGUCGCAGCCCAAUGCCCGAGCCUCGGGACUCUCCAGCAAGGGGUCGAGCAGCAGCAGCUCCAGUGAAUCCGAGACCAGCUCAGAGUCUGACUCAGAGAGCGAAAGCAGCUCCAGCGAGAGUGACGGCAGCAAGCCCUCGCAUUACUCCAGCCCAGAGCCCGAGCCGCCCUCGUCCAACAAGUGGCAGCUGGACAAGUGGCUGAAUAAAGUUACCACGCACAAAGCACCCAUCCUAACCCACCACGAUGGCCCGGCGCUGGAAGCCCAUCCCUACUACGGCCGCGUGAAGGCCGAGCGGCAGGAGAGCGAGAAGGCCUCGGCGGAGGGCCCGGCCGAGCACCGCAGCGGGGAGAGCCGCACCGCCGUCGCCGCCGCCGGGGACGGGCCGCGGCCCAGGACCGCCAGCAAAGCGCCCGGCAGCAAGGGCAGCCGGCAGAAGUCACCGCUCGCUGCCGACGGCGCGCCCCCAAGGCGGGCAGCGGGGAAGAAGGCACCGCGGCGAGCCGAGAGGACCUCCGCCGGAGACGGCCCCCACUGCCCCGGCGCAGAGGAGCCCCCCCGGAGCCACAGCUUCGCCGAAGGCACCGCUGGAGAGGCGCCGAGGGCCCGGCCCGGCGGCACCGGCAGCGGCGGGGGCUGCAGAGCGGGGCAUCGCCGGGAGCCCCGCUCGGCUGCGGCCGGUGAGAAGCGUCGGGCCCGGGGGCCGAGCAAAACGGCGCCCAAAUCCAAGGAGUUCAUCGAGACCGAGUCUUCGUCCUCUUCAUCCUCCUCUGACUCGGGCUCUGAGUCGGAGCGGGAGGAGCGCCCGCUGCCCAAGGCGCCAGCGGCGGCCGGGUCCGAACCGCGUGCCAAGGACGCGGGGACCGGCACCGCCAGCAAACCCCACGGCGGCUGCAGUGCCUUUGGCUCAGUUAAUGCCAGGACUAGUAGUGAAAUAGCAAAGGAGCUGGAGGAACAGUUUUACACCCUGGUUCCUUUCGGUAGGAAUGAGCUCCUGUCUCCUCUGAAAGACAGUGAUGAGGUAAAGUCGCUGUGGGUCAACAUUGACUUGGCUCUUUUGUCCAGGAUUCCAGAGCGUUUGCCCGAAGAACCGCUGGCCAUGAGCGCCGAAGCAAACCAGGCGGCCAGCCUCCCGCAGGGUAGUAGUGCUGAACCCCCCGCAGAGAAGGGUUUACCGAAAUCUAGAAGGAAACGCAAGUGUGAGAAUGAGGAGGAGUGCAGAGACAUCAAGAAGACCCACUUAGAUCGAGAGAGUUCUUCACGAUUAGCUGCCUCUGCCCACAGCAUCACAACAGCAAAUCACUGCAAUAUGAAUGAAAAUAGCUUGGCAAUACCAAUAAAUAAAAAUGAGAAAAUGCUUCGGUCACCCAUCUCUCCCCUCUCCGAUGCAUCAAAACACAAAUACUCCAACGAUGAUUUAACUUCCUCCAGCAGACCUAAUGGCAGCAGUCUAUUACCUUCCAUCUCCUCCAGCAAAAAGCAUAAGGGUGAAAUCCAGUCGCAGCCACAUCCCGCAGACUUCAAUAAAGCAGUUCACAUCAAUUCAGAAAAUAUUCUUCUCUGCAAUAAGUCGCAGUCCCAAACAGAGCCUUGGUCACCUCUGUCCAGCACACCCAGGGACUGCAGAAGGACAAAGCUUAUCUUUGAUGAUAUGCCACGCAAUGCAGAUUACUUUAUGCAGGAAGCUAAACGGAAGAAGCAUAAAGCAGAUGCAAUGGUGGAGAAGUUUGGAAAGGCACUGAAUUAUGCAGAAGCAGCGCUAUCGUUUAUUGAGUGUGGAAAUGCAAUGGAACAAGGCCCAAUGGAAUCUAAAUCCCCUUAUACCAUGUAUUCAGAAACAGUUGAACUCAUCAGGUAUGCAGUGAGACUAAAAACCCACUCAGGCCCCAACGCCACGCCAGAAGACAAACAGCUGGCAGCAUUAUGUUACCGCUGCCUGGCUCUUCUGUACUGGAGGAUGUUCCGACUCAAGAGAGACCACGCGGUCAAGUAUUCGAAAGCGCUUAUUGAGUAUUUCAAGAAUUCAUCAAAAGCUGCCCAGAACCCAUCUCCUUGGGGUGCCAGUGGAAAGAGCACAGGAACUCCAUCACCUAUGUCCCCCAACCCAUCUCCAGUCAGCUCUGUAGGAUCCCAGGGGAGCACAGGGGCCCCUUCCCCAUCUCCUAUCAUCAGCAUUCCUCAGCGCAUUCAUCAGAUGGCCGCCAACCAUGUCAGCAUCACCAACAGCAUCCUGCACAGCUAUGACUACUGGGAGCUGGCUGACAACUUGGCCAAGGAAAACAGAGAUUUUUUUAACGACUUGGAUGCAUUGAUGGGACCUAUCACCUUGCACAGCAGUAUGGAGCAUUUAGUUCAGUACACUCAGCAAGGACUUCACUGGGUGCGGAAUAGUGCUCACUUGUCAUAAUGACUGCUUGCCAUUCACAUGGACAGUAUACCUUUCAUGGAUAAUUCAGUUAUUCUGGACACUGUGCUACAGAAAUAGUCAGCCACAGCAUUGAUCCAAACAAAGUUCCUCACCAACAGUACAACCUACGCUAUCAAGCAAAAGGCCUGAAAACAGAUACACUGAUAGCAAGAACUUAAAGGAGACAGGGGAAAAUUGCAUUUUGUUGCUGACAGUAAAUAGAUAAUGAAAAAAUAUGGCAAAAAGCAAUCCACUUAGGAAAGAAAAUGUGUUAAUUUCAGCUGCACACACACAGAGACAGAUAUUUAUAACAGUUGUUCGCUUUGUAUGGGAAGGCUUCAUCCUGCAGAUUUUGACUUUCGUAUCUUUUUUAUCUAGCAGAAGCUUGCAGCAUUUUCUUCCAAGCUGUAUGGGAGCAUUACAUGCAAUUUCCUUUAUCGGGAAGCUGAGUUUGCUCCUCAUCAGGCUAAGAACUGUUUCCUAUCAUAAUCCUCUCACUCUCCAUGCAUAAUCCUCAACUAGGCUUUAACGCUUCUUGAUUUAUGGGAUGUUUUCAGUUCCUGUUGACAGGCUGUGUUUUUCAUGCCAGAAGAACUAAUCCCACAAUAAUUGGAAUUUAAUUUGGGUCAGCUGAGGUCAAGGCCAGUUCAUAUCAACUGUGCUUCCAUUUUUGUUAAUUUUUCAGUGAUUUUCACGUAUUUGGGGGGGGUGGGUCUGUAUCGGAAAUACAAUUUUUUUCCAAUCAGAUUUGCAGCCUUUACUCAAAUCAUCAUCUCCAGUGACUUCCAACGGACUUGUUCUUAUCCAAGUCAUUAGUUGGACCCUCUUAUUAUUGUUUUCAAAUCUAAUUUAUUUACAUAGUAAGGAAUGUGAAUACAAAAGACACUUUAAAUAGAAGAUACAAGCAGAAGUAGGUACUGAUAUAAACGGUUGAUUAAAUGGUCCUUGCUGCCUUUUUUUUUCCUCCCCCACUUUUGAAGAGCUGCAUUUUGAAGAAAGAUACCAAACAUGCAAAAUGCAGCAUUAUUUCUCAGUACAGUGUCUUUGGUAGCACAGGCUGUAUGUACCCCAUGGUAAAGAGUGGGCUGGUGAGCACCCUGAGCCCCACAAGCUGUGAUUUUGGUGAGGCUGCUUAGUGUAACUCCAGCUAUUGCUCAGGCUCAGAGCCUUCACUGUGUUCUUUGGAGCAGCUCAGCAGGGUAGCUACCAAGGAACUGCUCAGCCCUGACACAUCCUGGGACAAUAUUUAUGUGCCCAUCAGUGCUCAGAUACUUCCCCCACAAGAGAAAUUUUGAGCUCGGCUGUGGUCACCUCUUAGCAUGGACUUGAGUGUUAGAGGGUGGCUGGUUCUAAGAGUGAACAAGUACAUGCCUUUAAAUGACAAAAUACACAGCCUCUGAGUCCUCCUUUCACUCUUAACCCUGGCUGUUACCCACCCCAGAAGGAACACAGUUUGUUUCAUCACAAGUAUCAUGGAGAACUUGAUCGGUGCCUUUCUGUUUAUCACUUGCCUGAUCUCCAGCUGUGGAAGUCUGUCAGGAUUUACUAGACUAGUAGCAACGGAUUCUGUCAGCUGUCUCAAUACCAUAUGAAGGUACUGUGGGAUUUCUCCUUAGAUCAGGAAAGUGAAAUUCCAAUUAGAUUAGCUUUUGUUUUCUUUGAUGGUGCCUAUGAUGUUUAUCUUCCGAAAAUUUUGGGGUUUUGGGAGCCCUAUCUGCUAUUUAAUGUAGAGAAAUUUUAGAAGUGACAUAUAUUACUUGCCUUAAAUGGAGUUUAGUUUUCUUGCACAUGUGGCAUUUGAGUUUCAAAUAUGGAACUUUGAAGCACGUUUAUUUUACUAAGAUCGGGAUAUUUUUAUUAAUCAUGAUGAACUCUUUAUAUGUAUAUGAUAUGUCAAGAAACUUCAAAGAAAUGAAAGAACUAAUGCUGUUCUGUUGUAACAUUUCCAAAUAUUAAGGAUCUCUUGCAGAUGAUUGUCCUUUCCUGUAGGUUGUUAUUAUAUUGAAUUAAUUUGGCUGAAUACCCACUGUUCCCAUGGAAAAACACACUGGUUUUUACUGUUUGUGCAGGCAUCAUCUGGGUUGUCUGAUGAGCAUGCUGAGCCUUAAUUUCAGGUGGUUCAACAGGAUGAAUGGAUUAGAGGGUUUGGCUUUCUCUCCAUAGGGUUUCUUGCAGCUAUACUAUUUUGGUGAGGUUAUUUAGAAUACUCUUCUGUUCAGCCUUUUGCCUGAAGGUUGUGGCUGAUUAGAUGACUGAAUGUGGCAUGGUGACAACAAACACUUUUAUUUGAUCUUCUUAGGGCCUGGUCUGGAAAAGUGCACGUGACUUUUAGGUCUGGUCCAGUUAAGCAUACGCUCCACCUUAAGAACCUGAAUAAUAUUAAGCACUUCACACUGAGUCACUCAGUGUGUUCUGGAUAGGAUCAGAGGAGACCGUCUUUCUUUGGGGUUCCAUGAAAAACAAUAACUCAUUUUAAUCUAUUGCAAAAGUCCGGGAAUAUGCAAGCUUCUUUGUGCCGUAGCAAUGUUCAGGUUCGUUUUGAGAAAGUAAGAAGUCAUUCUGUACAAAUCCAUAAGAAUCACAGAAUCACAGAAUAUGCUGAGUUUGAAAGGACCCACAAGGAUAAUCGAGUCCAACUCUUAGCCCUG